AUGAGUUCCGAGCUGUCAAUUGGGAACGAAAUCAAGGAUGGCCAUAAGGAAACAUACAAAUGGGUCCUAAAUAAUAUUAAAUGGCUCUCUGAACUCGAAGCAUUUUAUAGAGAUCGAGCGAAGCUUGAAAAAGAGUACAGCGAAAAGCUAACGCACUUGGCGAAAGAGUACUUUGGCAAGAAAAGCGCAUCAACCGUUUCACUUUCAGUGGGAGACAUGCCAACAACAACGCCUGGCUCUCUAGAAGCCGCAUCACUUGUGGCUUGGAACGAGGUGCUGUCACAGACAGAAAUGAUCUCUAAAGAUCACAACCAGCUGUCUCAAGAGUUUGAGUUCCAAGUUGCAGAUCAAAUUGUGGCUCUUUCCAAGAAGUGUGAACUUUUGCUUACGUCUAUCAACGGAUUUAAUACCGAACUAACCGAGAAGAGGGACAAGGCUUAUUCCAAUCUUGAUAAGGCCAAGAAAACCUAUGAUGAGAAGUGUGUUCAGAUGGAGUCUGCGCGGGCAAAGCAGACGAAGACUUCGAGUGACAAAGCCCGGCGGAAAGCUGACGAGCGAGAACAUGAGAUGAACAUUGCAAAAAACCAUUAUCUUAUUACUAUCAGCCAAGCCAAUAGAAUCAAAGACAAAUACUAUUUUCAAGAUGUGCCUGAAGUUCUUGAUCUUCUGCAGGACUUACAUGAAUCCCGCACUCGAGUGAUGAAUUCAAUAUGGAUUUCUGCAGGCGCAGUGGAGAGAGAGAUGAACAAGAGAAUAGAUUCCAGGCUUACUACUGUUGAUUCUGUGGUUAGCCAGAAUAAAGCUAACCUUGACACAACCAUGUUCGUCAAGCAUAACUUGAAAGAGUGGAAAGAACCGCCUGAUUUCCAGUAUGUUCCAUCAUCAGUGUGGCACGACGAUGAGCACUUUGUUGUCCCCUCCAAUAUUGAGCUUCAAGACCUGAAAGUGAGAUUGGCGAAGGCCCAACAACUUUAUGAUCAAAUGAACUCCUUUUCCCAGUCAGAAAUAUCAGGCCUAAGCUCUCUGAACAAGCAAAAAAAGGAGAUAAAAGCCCAAGAGAAUGUUGACGCUCAGAGUCUCUUAGCAUUACUCACAAAAUAUACAAAUGUGGUGUCAUCCUACACAUCCCAUGAAACAUUCAAGGUGGAGGCAGAGGUUGAGAUCGAAAGUAUUCAGAAUAAUGUCGCAGAAGAACAUGAUCUCAAUACCGAAGAUAUCGAUUUAUCAAAUUUACGCAAGAAGUCUGGCGUUUUCAACAGAUUCAAAAAAAGCCUUACCAUUUCUUCUGACAAAAAGUCGACCCACCAGGACGGAGGCGACGCCGUUUCGGUUUUAUCGUCAGAAUCCAAAGCCAAGCAUCACAACAGAUUUUCUCUGUUCAAAGGCAGAGACCGUGCUCAAAGUAGUGCAUCAGGAGCCUCAGAGGUUACAAGCAGUAACAUGAACUCCAUUCAGGAUUCUUCGGAGCACAAUAAGAAUCGCGUUUUGUUCCAAUAUCAAAAACAAGACAAUGACGAAGUUAGUGUUAGCCCAGGUAAUGCUAUUAGCUUACUGACCGCCGACUCCGGUAGUGGGUGGACAAGGAUCAAAAAUGACAGUACUGGAGAGGCAGGGCUCGUCCCAACGUCAUAUAUCGAGAUCAACGAAAAACCCCGUUCUAGCGCUCCUCGAGCCCCGCCCCCUAGAAAGUCCGGCAAUGCUGCUCGUACAGUUAAGGCGCUUUUUGAUUACGAAGCGCAAGGUGAUGAUGAAAUUUCUAUCCGUCAAGGGGACUUGAUAUCUGUUUUAAAAGCUGACGAUGGCAGUGGCUGGACUUAUGGAGAACUGAAUGGUCAAAAAGGACUCUUCCCAACUAACUACUGCCAGUGA